UGACAUGUUCAUGGCCAUCGCCCCAGGCUGAACGAGGUUGCCCAAAUUGCACCAGCGACCAAUUAACUACACAAAGCGCCCGAGAAGCGACAGCUCCCCCGGCCCGUGAAGAAGGUCCUCCCCCCACCCCCCGACGACCCCCGCCGCCAGCCGAGAUGAAGAUUCACAGCGCCGCCGCCGGCCUCAUUCCGCGCCGCGUCGUCCUGAGCCCGCAACCUUGCCAGCUCGCCUCCCUUGCCGCCCCGCGCACGUUCGCCACCCAGCCGGCCCUCGCCAGCAGCUCUGCUCCCUCCUCUGGGCCCAAGAGGAGGGCUGUCACGCCUUUCAACGACGAUGGCCGCGUCCCCUGGACCCAGCUCUCGGGCGCCGAGAAGACGGCGCGGGCAGCCCAGCAGACACUCAAUCUUGGUCUUAUGGCCGUGGGCUUUGUACUUACUGGCGGCGUCGCCUACUUCCUUUACUCCGAGGUCUUCUCCCCCGACAGCAAAGUCGCCUUCUAUAACCGAGCCGUAGACAGGAUCCGGAAAGACCCCCGCUGCAUCGAGCUGCUAGGCGAAGGCCGAAGCAUCUCGGCGCAUGGCGAACAAACGACCAACAAGUGGAGAAGUGCGAGACCCAUUGCUUCCCAGACGAGCCUGGAUCCCCAGGGCAAUGAGCACCUGCGUGUCCAUUUUUUCGUUGAAGGGCCCAAGGGACAGGGCACAGCCAACAUGCACAUGGUGAGGUACCACGGUCAAGAAGACUUUGAAUACAAGUACUUCUUCGUGGAUGUGGCCGGUCACGAGAGGAUAUAUCUCGAGGGUGGCAGUUCGUGGGGCUCGAGCGGGCCAAGCAAGCGAGGUAGGCUCUUCGGAAUCAACUGGUCAUGAGAUUAGGAGUCGACGAGUGUCACUAUGGCCAGCUAGGCCACGCACGGGUGGCUCACAGCAACCCUCGGGCUAUGCGGAUGAAUGACACGAGCUCAGUCUCCAAGUUGCAAGCUCGAGGCGCACGCCGUUAGCAAGCCCCGGGCUGAAAACGGCCCUUGGACCUGCAGCUUGAUAUGGUGGUGCCAAGCCGGGAUAGCAAGCCCCAUGACUUUUUAUUGUCUCAGGCGACGAGCUAUCUCGACUGGCGAAAGUAUGUAUGAUAUCAGGGAUUUGGCGCAUGGUUCAACAUUUGUUUGUAUGAUAUAGAUAAGAGCUCCGAGACCAGGACGGCUUCAAAAUUGUAUCAUAUAAGGCCUGGCAAGCACCUCUUGGUUCCCUCA